GGCUGCUGUUGACUGCUAUUGGAUGAACGGUGGAUGAGUGCCAGACGAAUGCUGGAUGAAGGGUGAGGUGGAUGCUUUUGGACUCAUGUUUGUACUAACGGUCGCGAACGGCCAUGUCACGACGAACUCGACUGCGUUCGGAUGCAUCGGCCACCUGCUCCGUAAUGGGACGAGCACAGACAACGCCCCUCGCCCAGAUCAAGAAAAAGUGUGCCGAGAAAGUCCAAGGGUCCGAGGACAAUGUCCGGCUGUACUUUGACGGCGACCUAAUCGACGACGAGCAAAGUGCCCAGGACCUAGAUAUGGAGGACGGCGACCAAAUCCAAGCAAAGCUCAAGCAAUCGUGAGCCUCUGCUGCGCCGGCUUGCGGACUGCUUUUGCGACGGGAUAUUGAAAGGGAAGAGGGAAGUGGUGCUCAAGUAUACCUGGGAUUUCUGUCGGAGAAAUGGCGGGGAGGACCUCUGCGCGUCCGGCUUGCGCUGCAUCACCAGCUUACCGCAUCGCUGCGAGAUGGCGCAAUGAAAGACGGGAGCGGACCUCCGUCAUGAAUCCAUAAUGUCCCCUCUCGCUGCUAGCCCCAGCGGCACAGCGUCUCCUGUUACAUUG